GGUCGUUUCCGCUGUGGGGCUCGUGUCUGUUGUUUAUGAAUCGAUUCAACAGGGUCUGCAGUCACAAGGACUCGUCCAAGCUCCUUGAAUCAUGAAGCAGCUGCCUCCGGAUACGGUUCGGCUGUUGUCCAGCUCCCAGGUCAUCACCUCUGUUGUGAACGUUGUGAAAGAACUGAUGGAAAACUCCCUGGAUGCUGGAGCUUCGAGCAUUGACGUCAAACUGGAGAACUACGGGUUGGACCGCAUAGAAGUGCGCGAUAACGGCCAUGGAAUCAAAGCAGAAGAUACUCCCGUGAUGGCCGCGGCGCACUUUACUUCAAAGAUCUGUAGCAACGAGGACCUGGAGCGUCUGGAGACGUACGGCUUCAGAGGAGAGGCGCUGGGCUCCAUCUGCUCCGUGGCCGAGGUGGCUGUCAUCACGAAGACAGAGGAGGAUGACAUCAGCACCCAGUACACGCUUAACUUCACUGGGCAGAUUGUCUCUCAGAAGCCGUCUCACUUAGGUCAAGGCACAACAGUGAGUGCACUGAAGCUUUUCAAGAACAUUCCAGUGAGGCGUCAGUACUACUCCUCUACCAAGAAGUGCAAGGAGGAGCUGAGGAAAAUACAGGAGCUGCUGAUGGCCUACGCCAUUAUAAAACCGGACUUGAGGCUCACACUCAUUCACAAUAAGGUGGGGGUUUGGCAGAAGGCCACGGUGGCCGAUCACAGAGGUGCCCUCCUUGCUACGCUGGGAGCCGGCGCCGUUGCCAGCCUGCUCCCUUGCCACCAUCACCAGGAGCAAACAGAGAUUGUUUUAGAUGGCUUUUUUCCAAAGCCUGGAGCGGAUUACUCUUCCACAAGCUCAUCGAACCCUGACAAAACAUUUAUAUUUGUCAACAACCGGCCUGUCCACCAAAAAGAUGUGAUGAAGUUGCUACGUCAACACUACACUGCUCAGUAUCCGGGUGAUGCGGCCCGAAACCGCUACCCCACCGCCAUGCUUAAAAUUACGGUUCCACCGUCCUCAGUCGACGUCAAUCUGACACCUGACAAGACACAGGUUCUUCUUCAUAACAAGGAGGCUGUGCUGACCGCAGUAGAUGCAUUACUGGUUUCUCUCUAUGGCUAUCGGCCCGAUGGUGACCCCCCAGCUGAGAAGCAGCUUGGCCGUGAGACGUCCUCUUCUCGGCCUAGCACUUUGCGGACUGAUGAUGCUUCACGACCGGACAACGAACAAAGCGUAGAGAGGGACGACGGUCUCGCCAACUGCCGCGGUAACUUCCUCAACAAGGCACCUGAACAUGCUCUGUCAAUAGCAAGAAGCACCGAUGCUCCACUGGACCGCCGGUCCUCAAACGGCAGCUCUUCCUCCUCUGUAGCAGAGGACUGGAUUGUCAACCAUUUCCCAGUUGGGCUUGAGUCGAACCUUUCUCUCUAUGACGAUGAGACGGCUCAGAGCUGCGCUCAGGCAGCAGGAAUGGGUUUAGCAGAGAGACCCGAGGACAAUGCUGUAUCAGGUGCAGACUCAAGCAAAGGCCAGAUAUCUGCUGCGGACUGGAGCCGGGGGACGGCUUUGACCGACCCCGCGUCGGGAGAACCCCUGCGGCCCGUCAAAAUCCACCAACCCUCGAUGAGCAGUCGUUCUGGCUCUGACGACAUCGAGAGUCAGAGCGGCCCAAACAAGAAGAUGUUCAACGCCAUCACGGAGAAGCGGGCUGCUCUGACGGCCUACGACCUGAUCAGCAACCGCGCCAUGAGGGCACCGCUGUCUCCUGCCGCCCUCUUCGAGAAGGAGGCCAGAGCAGAGGUCCUCAGGGAGAGACCCACAGCCGGCCUGCAGGAUAUCAGCGUCGCCGUUCACGAGAGGUGGAAAAAUCUGAGGGAGGAAGACCGUAAGAAGUAUGAGGAGAAGGCAAAAAAACACCUGGAACACCACGACCAAAGGACCAAGUUGGCCUCGGCUGAAGGUCCCAGAGAGACGAGUGUGAGCACCCCCAGGGGCCAUGCCCAGGGCCAGAAACGCAAGGCCCCGCUGUCCAACCAGCAGCUGCUGGACCAGCUCUUCUCUGCACAGCCCCAAAAGAAGAUGAGGAACCCUGCACCCAAGCCCUCGCAGGUCCUCCCCUGCAGCGUAGCUGCCCUUCGGCUGCAGCUUCAGCGCCUUUCAUCCCAGAGCAGCGCAGUGCCACGGGGCCUCCGUCUUGUAAACCGGCUGGCCUCUCAGAGCGCCUGGGUCAUUUUAUAUGGUCAGAGGCUCAUGUUGUUAAACCCAUUUCGAGUGGAGGAGGCCUUGCUGUUUAAGAGACUCCUAGAGAAUAAUAUACUUCCAGCAGCGAGUCUCCAGAACCCUAUACAGUUAACAGAUGGAAGUCUCGGGGGGGCUGAAUAUACUGAGGCCCUGUGCAACAUGGAGAAACAAAGCCCUGAGCUAAACGGAGGGGCCCUCUUCUGCGAUCGCAGGCUUGUGGCUAAUGGGUUCAAAAUCAAACUCACUCCAGGCCCCGCGUCUGCCGAGAGACAUCUGGAAGUGACAGCUAUGGCAGACUGCGUGCCUUUCCUCGGUGUGGAGGACCUCAGGGAGAUCCUGACAGCAGUUCUUCACAGGAAGGCCCGGACCGUGCAGGAGUGCCGGCCACUUAAAGUCACAAACUACCUGCAAGGUGAAGCAGUACGACUUGCCCGUCAGUUACCUUCAAAUCUAUCCAAGGAAGAUGUGGAGGAAACCCUUCUACGGAUGGAUCAGCAGCUCACUGGGAGCAACCAGACCUGCAUCCACGGACGACCGUUUCUCCAACACCUGUCUGACAUUCCUUCUACAGACCAGGAAGCUAAAGCUCUGCUGAGGCCUUUAGAGCUGUAAGAAGAAGACACCUCAAUCAAAAAUCUAUGAAACAGCCGCCUCAUUUCGACGCUGCUGAUUAUUCUCAAUAAUCUCAGCUACUUGAGUUGUUUUCGUUCUGCUCAAAUGAUGUCCAGCUUCGUUACAAAACAUAAAGAUUAAAGUAUUUUUCCAGAUUUUGUGCAUGGAUCAAGCAUUUAACUCAUGUUAACCUUGAAUUGUUCACUUCUAUUUAGUUUUCCUAUUUUGCAAUAUAUUACCUGUAAUUCAUUUUACCCAGAAUCGCUGAAGCCAAGCUAUUAUGAUUGCAAAGGGUUUGGCUGCGCUGUGGAGGGAUGCAGGUUAGAAUCCUUUGACUGGCUCAAAACGUCUAGAUGAAGACUGUAAACAGGUAAUGUUCUCUCCGCAUCGACUGCAUAUGACUGUUAGAGCAAUUCACUUAAUACGUUGUUAGUUAGUGGCCAAUAGUUGAGGACCAGACUUGAGUGUUUUACUCACAAAUAGCCAAACAUUUCCAUAGUUUUGUCAAGGAACUGGAAAAACGUGCCCUAGGAUUUGCAGAUGUAGAGAAAAGACAAUACAUUGAUCACAGUUAAUAGUGCAAUUACAGUAAAUCUGUUUAACUUUGACAGCAGAUUCCUGGCAACAAAGAACUCAUAUUUCAACCUCAGUAUAGUUACUGCAUAAAAAUUAGACUGGACGUGUUCAUAUGCAGAUUAUGGUUUCAUUGAUUUAUUAUAUUUUGCAUUUUCUUGGAUCAACAACAGCAUUCUGCGCCCCGCUGAGGGAUAUCUGACUGCCUAACUUCACUUCUGUCCCAAAGCCAGAGUAUCUUACUACCCCUGAGCCUCAUUGUGGCACCAUUGGGAUGGGUAUUGGCAAGCUUCAAGCCAGAGAUGUACAUGUGCCAGCUACUACCCAUAAUUCUUUUCCCUCAAUUAGUGCCAGCUGCUCGCCCUUUAGUAUUGACAGAUAGUUGUAUAUUAUCCCUGGCUGCAUUCAAUGCUUCAGAGAUUUGCACUGUAAUUUCAGCCACAAAGUUUAGCAAAUCCUUGACACUGCGCUAACUUGUGGUGUUGCCACUUCCUAAAGACAUUAGUCGAUUACGUCACCGUUCUGGUUUUCAGUGUUGCUUGAGGUUUCCUGUGGGCAAACGAGCUGAAUUAGGCUUCGCUCUACAACUAAGUAAAGAGCAGACUGGCAGAAGUCUCAAAGCAUGUGAUUUUCUUUUUUCAGCAUUCAUAAAAAGUCUUAAUUAUUUUCAAUCGGCCUUAUGUAUUGAGAGGUGGUGGUACCUGAGCGAGGGAUUUCAUUGGGAAAACAUUAUUAAAGAAACAUUAACUGUGAUUUGACCAAACCUGGACAACAGGAAUACGUAACGCCAUAUGGGGUUUUCACUCAUCGCCUUUUCAUAUGGACACUGAAUCCCACCACAGGGAAGAGUGCAAUCUAAACCGCUCGUCUUAUGAUAAUAUUAUAGUUAGGACCGUGAAAGGUCAAACCUCAGCACACGUCUUGUUUUACGCGGCCUCUGCUGAGAGAACCCACAGAUGGCUUCAGCAUUGCUGCAGGGCCAACACUCUGCAACGUGCCUCAGGCAAGGGGAUAAAUACCAGCGAGGACCCCUCACCCCUUCUCCCCACGGCUUUUUUGCCCCUCACUCCUUGUUUGAAACUUCUCACUCCUCAGUUGCUUGUGUCCAGAAAUGCGUGCAGCAGCAGAAUCUACUCAGUACAUGCUGCCGUUGGCACCCGAGGGGCAUAUCAGAGUAAUUGGCGAGGAUUAACUGAUGAUCAUCUUUUGACCAUGUGACCGCACUGUUUAAAAGGUCAGCAACGGUUAAUUUUGCCAGCUGUCUUUUAAGCCAUCUGUUUCACUGUUUUUGACAUUUUCUGCAACCACAUUGAGGUAUUUGCUAAUGAUUAACCCAACCUGAAGAACGAUAUGAAGGAAGAGUUUUGGUUGGCGCAAAAUGUAGAAUAACCAAACAGUGAUACAAGAAUACUCAUUUCACAUACAGCGUCAUCUUAGAUAGAUAUUUGUUCUCCGAUUACUGCCCUAAUGUGCAGAGCUACUGCUUCUCAAGUUGUAAUCAGCAGCCCGGGGAACUGUACACCACUCACAACCCAGAGGUAACAGUGCACAGAGUCAUCAAAUCCAAAAUACAACGAUGUGUACUAAAUUUAACCCCUUUACUGCUCUAUUUUUGGAACAGCUCUGAGAAGUAGUCACGUAGAGUACCUUGCCCAGCAAUGGGCGCAAGCAACACCUGUUUCUGUUUAGAAACGUGAAACUAGA